AUGAAUUUGGAUAAUCCUGAUAAUUGUUAUUCACAUGACCAAGUUUUUCACAAUGUCCGUGACACUCAAAAUUUCCAGUACUUGCAAAGUCUUAGUGAUCACCAAAAUAUCCAAAGGUUUUACGCCACCGAAUCUGAUCAGCAUUCCACAAAUUUUCAUCAAGAUACUUCAGAUUAUUCUCUCCAAGAACUUUAUGACUUAUAUUAUAAUGAUAUUCAGGCACUAAACGACCAGUUUCAAAUUUCUAACUGUUCACAUACACCUAACAACUUUAACACAUCACAUAUACAAGACGAUACUUAUGUUCAAUUUAUUCAGGAUCCUAAUGACCUUCAUGUUUACGAUCCUAAUGACCUUCAUGUUCACGAUCUGAACGAUCUUCAUAUUCACCACCCUAAUGACCUUUAUGUUCAUGAUUCUAACGACCUUCAUGUUUAUGAUUCUAACGACCUUCAUGUUUACCAUCCUAACGACCUUCAUGUUCACGAUCCUAAUGACCUUAACAUUCACUAUGAUGCCCAAAAAGCACUACUUUUUGAAGAUAGUAGGGAAGAAGUCCAUAAUGAAAUGGUUCAUUUGUGUAAAAUAUCCGAUAAUGAAUUUCAAGAUGAUGAUUAUAGUCAAGAUAAUUUGAUACUAAUUGCAAUUGAAAUUGCAAUGUUUGAUUAUUGGUACCUUACGAUAAGUUUUAAUUCCUUAGAUCAUUGA